AUGCGGCCAGCAUCCUGGAUUGCUGCUGCUGCGGUAUCAGCGGGCAUUGCUCAUGCUGCGACCCUCGAUGAAGUCUGCACGACCUCGUAUGCUCAAGAGGCGUUGCCCGCGGAUGGCUUCUAUCAGGGCGUCACCAUCGACCCAUCUUCUGUCGUCGUUGCACCCGUCAAGAACGCCUCAGUGAGCGAUGAUGUUUGGUAUCCGGAUUCGGUGUUCGACUAUUGCGAUAUCACCUUCGCCUACUCGCACACCGCACGAAACGAUCGAGUUCUUGUGAGAUAUUGGCUACCAGCACCAAACAAGUUCCAGAAUCGGUACCUCUCCACGGGAGGUGGAGGAUAUGCCAUCAACUCGGGCAACAGUUCACUUCCUGGAGGGAUCAUAUAUGGCGCUGUGGCGGGCGCCACGGACGGUGGUUUCGGGAGCUUCGAUACUCAAUUCGAUACAGUCUGGCUACUUGCGAAUGGUACUGCGAAUUGGGAAUCGCUGUUCAUGUUUGGAUAUGAAGCAAUCCACGAGCUGAGCGUGUUGGGGAAGCAGUUCACAAAGCAAUUCUUCAACAUGACCGAGAACGACAAGCUAUACUCGUACUACCAGGGAUGCUCUGAGGGUGGUCGAGAAGGAUGGAGUCAAGUUCAACGCUUCGCCGAUGAAUGGGAUGGUGCCGUUACCGGCGCGCCCGCUUUCCGCUACGCUUUCCAGCAAAUCCAGCAUCUUUACUCUAACGUGGUGACGCAGACUCUUGGUUACUACCCACCUCAGUGCGAGCUUAAGAAGAUCGUGAACGAGACAAUUGCUGCUUGCGACCCGUUGGAUGGAAAGACUGAUGGCGUUGUGGCUCGCUCUGAUCUGUGCAAGCUACAUUUCAACAUCACCUCCCUUGUCGGCAAGCCCUAUCAUUGUCCCGCAUCCGCAGCUUCUUCUACUCCUUUCCCGACCCCUGCCACGCCAGCGCAGAAUGGCACGGUGACUGCUGAGGGCGUGAAUGUUGCUAGAGAGAUCAUUAAGGGUCUGCGCGACAGCAAGGGUCGUCAAGUAUAUUUCUCUUACCAGCCUGCUGCUUCCUUCUCCGAUGCUCUAACGCAGUACAACUCCACUACUGGUUCCUGGGAGCUGUAUGUGAACAGCUUUGGUGCAGGGUUUGUGACGCGUUAUCUGGAACUGGUGAACGCCUCGACGCUGGCGAACCUUGACGGAGUCACGUAUGAUACCCUCAAAGAGUGGAUCUACGAAAGCUGGCAGAGAUACGAGGAUACGCUGCAGACGACCUGGCCAGAUCUGACUGCUUUCCAGGAAGCGGGUGGCAAGGUCCUGCAUCUGCAUGGUGAAUCCGAUAGCAGUAUUCCACCGGCCUCGUCGAUCCGAUACCACGAGUCCGUCCGCAGCGUCAUGUACCCGAAGCUGUCUUUCAACGACAGCAGCAUUGCGCUCGCAGACUGGUAUCGUCUCUUCCUUGUCCCGGGAGCUGAACACUGCGCAACCAACUCUCUGCAACCGAAUGGACCCUGGCCGCAGACAACGCUGCAGACUCUCAUUGAUUGGGUUGAGAAGGACAUCGCGCCGGAGACUCUUAAUGGAACUAUCCUUCAAGGCGAGCACGUUGGUGAAAGCCAGCCGAUCUGUGCUUGGCCUCUGAGGCCAUAUUGGAGCGAAAAUGGAACGAAGAUGGAAUGUCAAUACGACCAGGCCUCGAUUGAUUCGUGGAUUUACGACCUUGAUGCGUUCAAACUGCCUGUUUACUAA